CCCUUCCCGCUUUGUGUGGCAACUGUCAACAAUGAUCGCCAACCAUAUCAACACCUUGUUUCAGCUUCUCUAUGCAUGGCUUCUCUUGCCUUUACCACCACUCCAAGCCCACAGUUCCCUCCUUUCAAACCCAAAAACUCUCACAAAUUCACACCAACCCAUCUCACAAAGCUUCAAGAAGAUGCCAAAAGCCAUCAAGUUUUGUACAAAUCUUACUUCCACCACCUCUCCUCUUUAUGCAAAGAAGGCCAAGUUCAAGAAGCUGUGAACCUUCUCGCUGAAAUGGAGCUCAAGAAUAUCAGAGUUGGGCCCCAGAUUUACGGGGAGCUCCUUCAGGGUUGUGUGUAUCAACGAGCUCUCUUCACGGGUCAGCAAAUUCAUGCCCAUAUUGUAAAGCACGGCGAUUUCUUUACAGAGAAUGAGUAUAUUGAAUCAAAGUUGGUGAUUUUAUAUGCGAAAUUCGAUGUUUUGGAGGUUUCAAACCAUUUGUUUCGCAGGCUACUGGUACAGAACGUGUUUUCUUGGGCUGCAAUUAUUGGUAUGCAUUGUAGGAUGGGUUUUAGUGAAGAAGCUUUGUUGGGUUUUGUUGAAAUGCAAAGAAAUGGGUUCUUACCGGAUAAUUUUGUAGUUCCGAAUGCGUUGAAGGCGUGCGGUGCUCUGGGGUGGAUUGGGUUUGCAAAAGGGGUUCAUGGGUAUGUGGUGAAGAUGGGUUUUGGUGUGUGUGUGUUUGUGGCAAGUAGUCUUCUGGACGUGUAUGGGAAAUGUGGGAUUUUGGAGGAUGCAAGGAAGGUGUUUGAUGGUAUGCUUGAGAGGAAUGUGGUCGCUUGGAACUCGAUGAUUGUGAGUUAUGUCCAAAAUGGAAUGAGUGAGGAAGCGAUUGAGGUGUUUUAUGAUAUGAGAGUGGAAGGUAUUGAACCAACUCGAGUCACUGUUUCAAGCUUUCUUUCAGCUUCAGCUAAUAUGGGUGCACUUGAAGAGGGUAAGCAAGGGCAUGCUAUUGCAGUAUUAGGAGGAUUAGAGUUGGAUAACAUAUUGGGUAGUUCUAUUAUAAACUUCUAUUUCAAGGUCGGUUUGAUUGAUGAUGCAGAGCUAGUUUUUAGUAGGAUGCUUGAGAAAGAUGUAGUGACAUGGAAUUUGCUCAUAUCUGGUUAUGCACAAUUUGGGCAGGUUGACAAGGCACUUAAUAUAUGCCGACUGAUGAGAUCAGAAAACUUGAGGUUUGACGCUGUGACUCUUGCAUCCUUGUUGUCUGCUUCGGCAGAUAUAAGAAAUACGAAACUUGGUAAGGAGGGGCAUUGUUAUUGUAUUAGAAACAACCUAGAAUCUGAUGUGAUUGUUGUGAGUAGCAUUGUAGAUAUGUAUGUCAAAUGUGAGAGAAUUGAUUGUGCAAGACAAGUUUUCAACUCCACAAUUAAGAGAGAUAUUAUAUUGUGGAACACUAUGUUGGCCGCUUAUGCAGAGUUGGGUCAAAGUGGUGAGGCCUUGAAAUUGUUUUAUCAGAUGCAGCUGGAAGGUGUGCCACCAAAUGCUAUAUCAUGGAAUUCUGUAAUUUUGGGUUUCCUUAGAAGUGGCCAGGUCAAUGAGGCUAGAGAUAUGUUCUUGCAAUUGCGUUCCCUUGGUGUCCAGCCUAACUGGAUCCCAUGGACUACUCUUAUCUCUGGUCUGGCUCAAAAUGGUUUUCCAGAUGAGUCAAUUUUGGUUUUCCAGCAAAUGCAAGAAGCAGGGAUUACACCCAAUACCAUAAGCCUUGUUUCUGCACUCUCAGCUUGCACUGAUAAGGCAGCAUUACAUUAUGUAAAAGCUAUUCAUGGCUAUGUUACCAGGCAUAAUAUUUGGCUUUCUAUACCUAUUGCAACCUCUUUAUUGGACAUGUAUGCUAAAUGUGGAAUUACUGAUCAAGAAAAUUGUGCGUUUGAUAUGAUUUUAAGCAAAGAAUUGCCUCUCUAUAAUGCAAUGAUAUGUGCUUAUGCAUUACAUGGUCAAGCUCUAGAAGCUCUAUCAGUACUCAAACAAUUUGAGGAGGAAGGUAUAGAACCAGAUAACAUAACCUUUACUAGUGUCCUAUCAGCAUGCAGCCAUGCCAGGCUAGUGAAUGAAGGCCUUUUCAAUCAUAUGGUCUCUAAAUUCCAUAUGAAGCCAACUAUGGAGCAUUAUCGCUGUGUGGUUAAUCUUCUUUCUUGCUCCAGUAAUUUUGAUGAAGCAUUUAGGCUUAUUCUGACAAUGCCAUGCAAGCCUGAUGCAGAUAUAUUAGAAUCACUUCUUGCUGCUUGUAGAGAUUGCCAUGAGAUUGAACUUGGGAAUUAUUUGUCCAAACAUUUAUUAAAAUCGGAACCAGAUAAUCCUGGAAAUUAUGUGGCACUUUCAAAUGCAUAUACAGCUUCAAGAAGGUGGGAUGAGGUAUCAUACAUGAGGUAUUUAAUGAAACAAAAGGACCUAAGGAAGGUUACUGGAUGCAGCUGGGUUCAAAUAAGGGGAGAACUUCAUGUGUUUUUUGCCAGUGACAAAUCACAUCCCAAAAUUGGGGAUGUUUAUACAACAUUGGCUCUGUUGGGAAUGGAAAUGCAGUUUACAGGAUACAUGCCAACAUUUAAUGGUGCUGAAAUUCUAUGCUCUUGAGCACAAGAUUUCAUAACUGAAUUGGGAAGCUCUCAAGAUGGCAUGCUACUGAAGCAAAUAUAAAACAGAUAAUUGUUGCAGACAAACUAAUGUUCCCAAAGAAGGAUAAAAAUAUCCUAUGAAUGCCUGGAAGUUGCACAAAACUUGCGAGGACAAGAGGGACCUUAUUUACCUGACUGGAAAAGGACAUGAUCAGAUCGUCCAAAAACUGUUGGGUGCAAGUCUGAAUAAACUUGUUAACACUUUGAAGAAGCACAGCUUUGCUUAAGAGGAUUCUGUAAGUGCCUGUAAAUAUGCACCACACUCAGUAGUAUAUAACAUAACACUGCUGUUCUGCAGCUCUGGCUGCUUGCUUGGUUUUGUGACCUGUACCAGGGUAUUUUUCAAAGUGAUGCUCUUAUUUUUGUAAUUAACCGUGUGAAAUUGAUUAGUAUAGUGGAUCUUUGAGCUUAGACUGAAGUAAAGUUAAAUCAAGUAUUGUCAUGUAUAUGGAAUUAGUCCACUUCUUUGAGCCCAGCAAGCAAAGUGAAGAGUUGGUUCUAUGCUGUUGGCUAGAUUGAUGUAAUGACAAACCAGAACAAACGAUUCUUAUAAUGCAGAUCUUGCAAUUGACAAGCCAGGUUUAUGAAUAUUUUCCUA